AUGUCUAAUUCAUUGGAUUCACAAACCCAACAAGGAACAGAUUCAAACCAUUUAUCUGAACAGACGCGCAUAAAUGCUGAAAACAUAGUUCGCCAUGCUGAAAAGCUCAGCAACAGACCGCAAUUACUAGAAUGUCUGCAGGAAACUAUUCUUUCUUCCAUUACAGAUGAUAAGAUAUCAAUUGGAGAUAUUGAAGCUACCUUAAAAUACGCGUUGGAUAUAUCGGGAGAAAAUAAUGCAAUAUUGACUACUUGUCUUAUAGACUUAUUUUGGCUUUUUGAUAACGAAUUAGAGAAUUUAUGCCCUUCAAAUGGAUUACAAAAGUCAAGGGAAAGGCUAAAUUAUCUAGUUAAGAGCUUAAAAUCUUCCCUUCCCAACGAGACGUUAUUGUCUCGCCUUGAUAGCAAAUUUUUGGAAACCAUUAGCUUAACGUCUAAUGGAGACUUACUUAACAGAAAGAUUGCUAGGACCAACACAACUUUACUUUAUCGCCAAAGGAAGUUCAAUUUAUUGCGUGAAGAAAAUGAAGGAUAUUCUAAACUAAUGGUUGAAAUUAUUGAUGGUCUUAAUUGCUUUCGUACUAAAACUUUGGACACACACAUUCUGUCAUCACAUAUAAAUGAGCGAAUCAAGACAAUCAUCGGAUCUUUCAAUUUGGAUCCCAACAGGGUUUUGGAUACCAUUUUGACAAUGUUUUCGGCCAACAUUGUCGAUGGUUGGAAGUUCUUUCUUGAAUUAUUACGGGAGAGUCCUUGGAAGCCCGAGAACCAAAAAAAGUUUUGGAAGGAUAUGUCAAAUGAUGAACAAGAGAAAGAACUAGGAACUUUUCUUUACGAGAAAGAAAGUUUUUCUUUCUGUUCUGUUUUUAACGGUAAAAAAAAUACGAUGGCCCAGAUACUUGGUCAUGAUUUACAGUAUUUAUAUAACGAAAAUGACUCUACCGAUGAGUCGAUAUGUUACUUAAUCGCAAUUCUAAUGAAGUAUGGUUUCUUUGGUCUGGAUAACAUUUGGCCUCACCUUUCUCCUUCAGAUGAUGAUAUGAGCAAAGAGUGGGAUCGUUACAAGGAUAAGGUAGAUGAUUUAUCAUUUAAAGCAAAAGGAAAUGCAUUAACUAUGGCUGCACCAUUACCAGACGAGGAGUCAGAAAUCGGCGAAGCAGCAAGCGCUACUUCAGAAACUGCGCAAGAACCAAUAAAACCGAAGUCCUCUCAAAAGAUUGGCUUACUCAAGGCUUUGCUGGCGAUUGGAGAGCUAAAGAAUUCACUAACAAUUUUGGGAAGAUAUCCUUAUAUUUUACGAGCUUUCCCUGAUCUCGCGAAUUUAUACCACAAGUUGUUACACAUUUCAUUUGCUCCUGUAUAUACUUUCUUCAGUCCUCAAAAUGGGCUUUCGAAGGAGACUAGAGAGCACUUAAAACAGCCUAAAUAUGUUCCUGCCGAUGUCCGAUUACGUGAAAUCACACUUCGUCCUCCUGAUCAGAAAAACAUAGUAUAUGGAAUUGAUCCUUUUGGACAUCGUAAAGAUAAAACGCAGCAAGAGGUGUUUUUUUACGAAGAAUAUAAAGAUGAAAAUCUUCCUGUGCUGAGAACAGCUGAAUAUUUUUAUCAAAUUGGCAUUCCUUGGUUAAAAUUAUCUGGAAUUGCACUUCAUUACGAUCCUACCUUAGUCACUAAACUUUGUCGUAUUGCCAAAGGCUUUCUCGCCGAAGAUUCAGAAAGGCGAGACCUGUGGUUGGAUAUUACUCGUGUUAUUUUACUUCCAGUUUCAAGUUUAGUCGGAGUCAACAUUGGUUUAUCAAAUGAGCUCUAUGACUUGUUAACUCUGUUCGAUCCCUCAACAAGAUACGCACUUUAUGGCGAGUGGUCAAGUACUACCAUUAAAAAGUAUCCUGAAUUAAAACUUCAGCUAAUUAAGACCGAGCGCGAAACCAAGGGAAUUUUGAGACGAUUGACAAAAACAAAUGUCAAGCAGACCGGUAGAUUACUCGCGAAAGUUUGCCACCCCAUUCCUUACCCUGUAUUUUCUAUUGCACUUAACCAAAUAGAAACAUAUGACAACCUCGUGGAGGUUAUUGUGGAUUCGGCUCGUUUUAUGACUUCCCUUGAUUUUGAUGUUCUAACGUUCGCAUUACUUUCCUCCUUCUCAAAUGAAAUGAAGAAGAGAUUAAAGCCUGAUGGAACAAGUAUUGCACAUUGGCUACAGGGUUUAGCUUCUUUUUGUGGAAAGGUCUUUCGAAAAUAUCCUAACUUAGAUUGCACGUUUAUUGUUGAAUACUGCAUGAAACAACUGAAAUUAAAUCAAAUGUUUGAUCUUAUUGUACUGAAAGAAUUGCUUUCUCAAAUGACUGGACUACAGCCUUGGACAAAUUUAUCCGAUACUCAGCUCCAAGGAGCAGCAGGAGGCCCUUUUCUUCGAGAAAUUAGCCUGUCUCUAAUUUAUGAAAAUAAGGAAUCACUGAAGAAAUGCUUUUCAUGCCUGUUUACGACUUUACGAAGAAACAGGCUUGUUACCCAAUUAGUUAUACUACUUGCUCAGAAAUUUAGUCGUAGUAUUUACGAUGUGACGGAUGACAAUUCACAUUUAAAGCUCGUAUCAGCUUUAUAUGAUGAUUGUUGUGAUGUCCUUUAUUUGCUUAUGGAGUUCUUGAGUAUAACUUGUGGUAAGCAUGAGUAUUACGAAUUACUGCCUUCGUUUGAUGAACUUGUCAAAGAGUACCAUAUCCAGCCUCAUGUGGCGUUUUUCAUAUUAAGAUAUAGACACUUAAAGUCUGAUGAUUCCAAUUUGAAUGAGUAUGUAGAUGAUCCUAUGGAUAUUGACAACGAUGCUAAGUACGUCGCCGGCAGCGAAGACUCAACUACGAUGACCAACUUUCCGGUUAACACGUCGUCUAUAAUUAAUUUGCUUCCUGAAAAUGUUUGGGAGUGCAUAAACCCUGAUUUGUAUGAAUUAUUUUGGAAGCUUUCAAUAUAUGACAUCUACGUUCCUUUAGAGAGGUAUGAAUAUGAAAGCAAUCGUGCUUUUGAACAAUUUCGCCAAACUGAGGCUUCAGGUCAACCACAUCCUAAAAACAAGCAAGAAUGUCAAAAACAAAUGACUUUGUCGGAUAAUUUACGAAAAGAAUUAAAGGACCAUAUUCAGCUGCUAGAAACCACAAGAAAAGACUUACAAAGUAAGUGUACUAAGUGGUUUCUUCCUACGGAUACACAACAGCUGCAUCCCAGAGGGCUUGCGUCGAAGUAUUUUUGGAGUUACUGCAUUGCUCCUAGACUAAGAAUGGGCCCUCUUGAUGCUCUUUACUGUGCCAAAUUUAUCAAAAUACUUCAUUCGCUUAAUACUCCUAAUUUUUCUACUAUAUCUUUUCUCAAUAAGUUGUUUGAUACUCAUCUACCGUCUUUUAUUUUUGCAUUAACGCCCCGGGAAUCCGAUAACUUUUCCAGGUUUCUUUUCGAAUUAUUAAGCGACGUGACGAAUUGGUACAAGGACAAAAAUACUUAUGAAAAAGAAUGCUUAGGAAAUGGUUUACUCACUGGUUUUCGGGUUGAUUGGCUUGACGAAAGUGAUUCUUCUCUUCUGCCACAUAGCAAGUUUAUACUUCUUGUAAGCAAAUGGCACAAACAGUUGACACAGUACUUUGAACAGUGUCUACUGUCAGGAGAGUACAUGCAUAUUUACAACGCAAUAAUUAUUUUGGAGAAAAUUCUUCCAUGUUUUCCUUUGAUUCAAGAAAGUGGACAAUCACUAAAGAAAGCGGCUGAUAACCUAAAAGAGAACGAAAAGCGCGAAGACAUAAAAAUUUUAGCUUUGGGCUAUUAUGCUAAGCUCUGCAAAAAAGAACCUACCUGGGUUUCAUUCAAUGUAUUUUCUGGAACUAUAAAGCCUAAACUCCCAACCCCGGUUACUGAGAAGCACCCUUUAGUUGAUAGUACUGACAAUUCUGAAGAUUUAGAUAAAGCUAAUACGAGUGCUUCAAAUUUGAAUGUUGAUGCUGCAGAAUUUGUACCUAAAGCCGAAAAUACAGGAAUACAACAAACGAAAACCCCAACUUUGGAUAACAUAACGUCCACGAAGGCCGAAUUUAAUAACAAUAAGCCGGCAAACGAUACGGAAAUGGUUGAAACGGUUAAACCUACAACAACAGAGAAAACUUCAUUAACUGAAAGUCCGGAAGUUACUCGUAGUCAACGUGGGAAAGCGCCACAACCAGAGGAAUUUAGAAGAAAGGAGAGAGAACGAGAAAGGAGAGUUAGAGGCACAUAUAAUAGAAACAUAGAGAGACCUCAUUCUCGUGGUAGUGGGUCGUCCGAAAAUGAACGAAAUUCACCACGUUAUGCAAACCGUGAUCCACCGAAGAGAGAAAGCAGAGUUGAAGAUGAGAAAGGUGAGCGCCGGUUUUCUAAUGCUGCCCAAAAUCGGAACGUUCGUUCUAAUGAGGGCCAAAAGCGUAAAGAGGCAAAUACCGAUGAGGCUUCUGAACUCGGUCGAUCUAGAGCUAGAGACGAUGAUGAAAGAGAAGCUCGACGUCAAGCCUCGUUAAGGACAAACCGAAAUGGUAGAAACAAUAGGAAUAAUGAUACUAGAAAUGAUACUGGUCGCCGAGGUGCUGCCCAGUCUUCUGAGAGACAAGCUCGAUCCGCUAGUACUCCUGCUGGUCCUUCUGACGAGGGUAGAAAAGAUGAGCAGCGAAACAUAAAUAUAAAUAGACGAGCACGACAAGAUGAAAGAAGAGAACGAAAUACUCGUCUACAAAAAGAGCGACAACGAGAAAGACCACCUAUGCGUGCUGGUAGAGAUGAAAAGAGAAGACGAUUUCAAUAA